AUGUUUGGAAAAGGGAAAAGGACUUUUGAAAAUGAUUUUUCCUAUAAUAUUCCCUCAUUCUCGUUCUCUCCGCUCACCCUCUUCUCUCUCGCAUCGCCAGACCUGCAACAUCAGCCGACGACACCGGCGACCUGCAGCAGCACCGGAGACACCGACGAUCUGCAACACCGGCCUUUCUCCAUCUCCGAUCAGAUAAUAGAUGAAAACCACACUACAAUUGUUGAUUGUGAAACAUCUUUAAAAAUGAAAAAACCAAAAUUUGGGUGGGAUAAUCGUAGCUUCAUGGAGGAGAAAAUAAAGGAGAAUAAAGAUUAUGCCAAAUUUAGGAACACAGAUUUAAGCAUAUUUGAUGAGAAAUAUGCUACUUUGUUUCGGGAUUCUGUUGCAGUUGGAGAUCAAACUAUGACUCCAUUACAAUUUCAAAACAAUAGGUGGAACUUUUGGAGUGUGGAAAGCUAG